AAAUGUUUUUUAUAGAUUCUACCCAUUUGUUAUAUUUGUAUAUCUGGAACAAUAAAGAAUCUAGCUAAUGAUUAUGUCCACAAAAGGAAAAAACAGAAAACCCCUUUGAAGCUCACCCAUAAAAAAGAGAAAAAACAAAUUAAUAAAAAAAUUCAGUCCUCCCCCAAUUUCUUCAUCCACCAUCAUAGCAAAUAUGAAUUCCUCCUCCACAAACCCAAUAAUGAAGAAUUCAAGAGUCAACCAACUUCAUUUUGUGUUGAUACCUUUAAUGUCCCCUGGCCAUCAUAUACCCAUGAUAGACAUGGCAAGGCUAUUAGCCCAACAUGGAGUAUUUGCUACCAUCGUCACCACACCUCUCAACGCCCUCCGUUUCAACUCCACUAUCCAACGUGCCUCAGAUUCCGGCCUUCAAAUCCGACUCGUCAGCCUCCACUUCCCAUCCACCGAGGCAGGAUUGCCUGACGGUUGCGAAAACAUGGACAACCUUCCUUCUCGAACCUUGAUCAAGAACUUCUUCAUUGCUUCCAGCAUGCUCCAGAAACCCUUCGAAGAUUUGCUUUUGGGUUUACAACCACCCCCAAGUUGCAUAGUCAGCGGUAAAAAUCUUGCAUGGACUGUUGAAACUUCACGAAAGUUCCGAAUCCCGAGGGUUUUCUUCGACGGAAUGGGUUGCUUCGCUUUCUGUUGCACUAACAGAUUAGAGAUUUCCAAGGUACAUGAAAGAGUGGUCUCCGAUUCAGAGUCCUUUGUGGUUCCGGGUAUACCACAUAGGAUCGAAUUGACCAAAAGGAAACUACCCGAGAAUCUCAAUCCGGGUUCGCCGGACCUCACGGCGGUUCGGAAUAAUAUGCGAGCAGCCGAAGUCGUGGCCGAUGCUAUUUUGGUAAAUACUUUCGAAGACUUGGAAGCGGAUUAUGUAAAAGAUUAUAAAAUGGUUAAAGGUAAUAACGUGUGGUGUAUUGGUCCUGUUUCGGCCUCCAAUAAAUCGAAUUUGGAUAAGAUUGAAAGAGGUGAUGAAACGGCCUCCAUUGAAGUGAGCCAGUGGCUAGACUUGUGGGAACCAUGUACGGUCAUUUAUGCUUGUCUGGGAAGCAUAUGUGGGCUUAAGCCUUGGCAGUUACAAGAGCUUGGUUUGGGCUUAGAAGCAUCCAAUCGGCCAUUCAUUUGGGUAAUAAGAGGAGGAGAGAAAUCUCAAGGAUUAGAAAAUUGGAUUCUGGAAGAUGGAUUCGAAGAGAGGACAAAGAAGAAAGGCCUCGUGAUCAGAGGUUGGGCACCGCAGGUACUGAUUUUGUCUCAUCCUGCAAUCGGAGGAUUCUUGACGCACUGCGGUUGGAAUUCGACCCUGGAAGGAAUAGAUGCCGGAGUGCCGUUGAUAACGUGUCCAUUGUUCGCAGAGCAAUUUUUGAAUGAGAGUUUGGCAGUUGAGGUGCUUGGGAUUGGUGUUAGAGUGGGAGUUGAAGCUGCUGUGACUUGGGGUUUGGAAGAGAGGUCUGGUUUGGUGAUUAAGAAGGAAGAUGUGAGGACAGCAAUAGAGAAGGUUACAGAUGAUGGAGAAGAAGCUGAGGAAAGAAGAAAGAAAGCAAGAGAGCUAGGAAAGAUGGCAAAAAAGGCAAUAGAACAUGGUGGAUCUUCAUAUCUCAAUAUGGAUACGUUUAUUCAGUUUGUCAAGCAACAAAAUGAGAUCAAUAACUAAUUAAAAUCUCUUUUUCUCUUUAAGUUUUUAAUGUCAAUUCUCAUUAUGCACUUAUACCCCUGUUAAAGAGCUUGCUUUUGUUUU